UUAUUAUUUCACCAAACAAUGACAACUAUAGACCCCCCUUCCCCACCCCGGCACCCCCACCCCUACCCCCACCCUCUAUAUCCCACCUCUUCUUCUCUUUUCCUUCUUUACAACCAAAGCCAAAACCACCCACAUAACUCACUCACAUUCACAUCAUCCCCCCCACACAUUGUGUUGUUAAAGACACCUCCAAACACCACUAAGAGAACAAUUAACAAAAAAUCAAGAAACCAAGAGCAAAUUUCAAGAAAAAACAAGUGCCAUGGAUUUACAGAUCUAUGGUUUCUUGUUAACUUUUUUGUUCCUCUCAUUCACCACCAUUAAUGUUGCUACAUUACAAGAAAAAGUACCUCCCCAGAUCAACUCAAACUCAGUACUUGUAGCACUUCUUGAUUCACACUACACUGAGCUAUCUGAGCUAGUUGAAAAAGCACUUCUUCUACAAACACUUGAAGAAGCUGUGUCAACACACAACAUAACUAUAUUGGCACCAACCAAUGAAGCACUCGAACGUGAUUUAGAUCCCGAGUUCAAGCGAUUCCUGCUUGAGCCCGGGAACCUAAAAUCGCUUCAGAAUUUGUUGCUCUAUCACAUGAUUCCAGCUCGCAUUGAGUCUGGAAAUUUGCAGCACCAGAAGCGUGGAAGUGGAAUGUAUUCCACGCUCUGCCACGGUGAGAAUCAAUAUCUACAUGUUCUUCAGAGAUUCAAAAUGGUUACCAAACCAGAUGAUAUAAUCAAACCAGAUGGAAUAAUCCACGGGAUUGACAGAGUUAUGAUUCCGAAAACCGUUCAAAUGGAUUUCAACGUCAGGAGGAACCUGCGUUCCAUUUCUGCAGUGCUCCCGGAGGGAGCACCAGAAGUUGAUCCCAGAACAAACAAGCUUAAGAAUAAGAAAUAUCCUUCAGUACCAGCAGGAGCGCCCCCGGCGCUUCCUAUAUACGCGGCAAUGGCACCUGGUCCGUCGCUGGCGCCAGCACCAGCACCCGGACCAGGUGGACCACACCACCACUUCGACGGCGAAACACAGGUCAAGGACUUCAUCCAAACCCUAUUACAGUACGGAGGUUACAAUGAGUUGGCUGAUAUACUUGUCAAUCUGACAUCACUAGCUACAGAAAUGGGUAGACUAGUGUCAGAAGGAUACGUACUGACCGUCCUGGCGCCCAAUGACGAGGCUAUGGCUAAGCUGACAACUGAUCAGCUUAGCGAACCCGGGGCGCCAGAACAGAUAAUGUACUACCAUUUGAUACCUGAGUAUCAAACGGAAGAAAGUAUGUAUAACUCCGUAAGGAGAUUUGGUAAAGUCAAGUAUGACACAUUGAGAUUACCACACAAAGUUAUUGCUGAGGAAGCAGAUGGAUCAGUGAAAUUCGGGUUCGGUGAAACGUCGGGUUAUUUGUUCGAUCCGGAUAUCUACACAGAUGGCCGGAUUUCCGUUCAGGGGAUUGACGGAGUUCUAUUUCCGGUGGAGGAGAUUAAGGUUGCUCCUAAAGCUGCUCCUGUUGUUGCUAAAGUUGUUGCUAGGCCAAGAAGAGGAAAGUUGAUGGAAGUAGCAUGUAGUAUGUUGGGAUCAUUUUGCCAUUAAAAAACUUUCUACAUAUUUUGAGCAAACAACUCUAAUGUGUAUGAAUUUGUAGGAGGAGGGGG